UCCCGCAAACGCCCGCAACCGCAAACGCUAGCUGGAACCAGCUUUUGAAUUUAUGAGGUUCAGAGCGAUUUGGAGCGAUUUGGAGCGGUUUAGAGCGGUUUGAGCGAUUGUUGCAAAACGCCAGCAACCGCUACCAACCGCAAAAGCUGCGUUUGCGGGUGGUAGCGGGAAAACCAGUCAUACCCUAAGUCAAUAUUGUUAUACCGCCCACCCACCCAUCCAAAAAAAACUUUAUAAAAGACGUGGACGCUGAUAGCUUGACGGGGACCGUUCUCAAAAUGGGACACGCUCUGACCAAAGCUAGAGAGUUUGUCAACUCGGAGAUGAAGAGUUCGGAUGAGGAUAGUGAAGGCAAAACCCCAAUAUGAUCAACAUAUAUAUGAUAAUUAAUGAUUGUAAAUAAUUAAAAUUUGAUAACAAUUUUUUUAUCCUCCCUUCUUUUUAUCUAGUUUUAUAUUAUUAAAAAAAUUAAACAAUCACAUUAACAAUAUAAUAAAAAGUUAGAUUUUUUCUUAUAUGUUAUAUUUUGAAUUUUUUAAAACGACUAUAAAUUAUUAAAAUGUUAAAAAAUCCCACAUUAAAAUUUUUGUGAUCAAUAACUUAAAUAUUUUUUAUAACAAAAUAAAAAUGAUCAUAAAAUCGUAUGAGUAUGAAGUUUCAUUUAAUAGAUAUUUAUUAAAUAAAUAUAUAUAUAUAAUAUCGAUUAAAUUAGACUAUAUACCAUAUAAAAUACAUAAAUAUGUCAAUUUCAAAACUUAUUGGGACUUUAAUAUUUAAACUAAAUUUGCAUUGAAAAAUUUUCACAUUGACAAAAAACGGUAGUCCAAAGACUGAUAUAUGCGUCUUCUGAUUUGCUCUAUUAAGGGCUUGUAGUCCUGAGCUCCCAUUCGCUAGUCAGUAAUGGUAGACCGAGAUAUCUAACUGGUAACUGACCAGCUUCAAACUGAUAUUGCGUUUGCACUGCUUGUAUGGUGGUGUUCUGUUGACAGCAUAGUAGAUUGUUUUGAUUUCUCCAUACUGAUUUUUAAUCCAGAGACCUUUGCUACUAUGCUUUCGAUAGAUCAAAUUUACAUCAUUUGCAAAACUCAAGUGAGCGAGCUCAAGAUUCUUACAACCAUACAUAUACAUAUUACAUUUACAUAACUAAAAACAUAAAAUGUGGACAAAUCAAUAUGAUUCGGUGAAGAAAUCAGAUAACGGACACGAAUUAUUUAACAAAUGGAUUAUUGAGAAAGUCAAUAAACUCAUCCUCAGAAAGGUUACGUCUUUGAACCGCAGUAAGCAUUUUUCAUCUUAGCGGGGCUCACAGAUUGAUUGCAAAUUUAAGUGGUGAUGACUAAGUCAAAGACUAAUAUCUCAGAAAAGAUCAUGUUACUAUACCCCAAAAACUCUAUAAAAGACAAGGCUUCGCCUAGUGUCUUCCUGAAUUAUUGGUCCUUUCAAAUAUUUUUUCUUUGUUUGCAAGUAUGGAUCCAAGAUUGCAAUGGGUUGCUCAAUCGGGUAGCGUCAAUGCUUUAUAUUCUCUUAUUCAAAAGGACCCAUGUAUUCUUCAGAACGUCGAUAUUUUACCUUUCAUGCACACACCUCUCCAUGAAGCUUCAUCAACUGGCAAGAUAGAUUUGGCGAUGGAACUGAUGAUUCUAAAGCCAUCUUUUGCUAAGAAGCUAAACGCAGAUGGGUUUACUCCAUUACAUCUUGCCGUCGAAUACCAACAAGUUGAGUUAGCACUAGAGCUAGUCAAGUUUGAUCCCAGUAUUGUUCGUAUUCGUGGUAGAGGAGGUAUGACGCCAUUGCAUCUUGUGGCAAAAAGUGGGGACGUGGAUCUUCUUACAGAGUUUCUCUUGGCAUGUCCUGAAUGUAUCAGAGAUGCAAAUGUAAAUGGAGAAACUGCUUUACACAUUGCGGUUACAAAUGAUAGAUACGAAGAGCUUAAAGUUCUCAGAGGGUGGAUGCAAAGAAUUCGCAAAAGUGAUGCUUCAACCACCGAGAUUCAAGUCCUGAACAAACGUGAUCGUGAAGGCAACACGGCCUUGCACUUAGCGGCAUAUAAGAAUAACCACCAGGCAGUAAAGCAGCUUUUAAAAUGCAUGCCACUGAACCGGAACAUCCAGAACAAAAGUGGUAUGACAGCCCUUGAUGCCUUGCGAGUCAAUGGGCCACACAUGAACAGAGAAACGGAGAGCAUUAUACAGAAAUCGGGUGGUAAGAGUGGGAUGUCUCUGUCCAGGGUUAAGACAACGUCUCUUUUCCUAAGCAAACCGGUCACUUUCUGGGAAUAUUGCACUACGGGAAUGGCACGUUACAGGAGUCGCAUGUCAGACGGAACAAGGAACUCUCUUCUUGUAAUAACAGCCCUUAUCAUCACAGCUACUUAUCAGACUGCGGCACAACCGCAAGAUGACAAGUAUGACAAGUAUGAGGCGGCGGCACAACCGCCAGGAGCCUAUUAUGGGGCGCAAGAUUACAAUGAUGAUAACAUAUUAAAGAUCGUGCUACUAUGGGGAUUCAAUACCAUGGCCUUUUUCUUGGCGAUUGCCUUGACAUUCAUACUCUUACCAGUUGGCAGAGCAUAUAUUUGGUGGUAUAUCUUCAUAACGGGGCCUCUCGUCUGUUCAUAUGCAAUUUCAGUGUUCCUGAAGUAUACCGUUACAAUAUUCUUACUCAUGUAUCUGAUGGUUGCAUUCAUAUUUCUCAUCUAUCUACUUGUAUUCUACGUGAAGUGGAAGCGGACUACGCGGAAGAAAGUACCAAAACCUAAAAUCGAUCUGAUUUCCCAAGGCUUAGGAACCAUGUUCUAGGCCAGUUAUACUAUAACAAGAUCCCAAAUGUGAGCUGAAUAUCCAAAGCAUCUUACCAUGGUCGAAAUGUUUGUUGUAAAACUUUGACUGUUAUAAGCAUAUUCGGUUGCUUUGUAAAAUAUAUACUUAGUAAAGAUUGUUAUCUUUUGAAUAAGGCACAUGUUUAAGUAUCAUUCCAAGCUGACUUUUAGGAAGCAAAAAUGUGUUUAUGUGGGAGAUUUAAAACAUGAAGAGGGAAGAUGCUAAGAUGCGGAGGCAACUGCAGCUUGAGUUGUUUCUUUAUCCUUUGCCUCCUUAAGUUGCUUCCAUUUCGCAACGGUGUCGAUAAGUUCCCCAGUUAAGAUCAGAUAUCUUACCUUAUGUCCAUCUUCAAGGACCUUGUGACCCACCCGACUUACCACUUCCUUUUCUUUAGAAUGCAGCAUCACAUUUGAGCUGUGGAUCGGCGCUUCGAUCUAGAAAACACAAAUUUGGCCAAUAGACAAAGUGAAAGAGUCAUUUGAGUGGACUGGCCUUAAGCAUGACCUUAAGAAUUUGGCCAGGCUCUCCCUCUUCACGGCUCUUCAUGUGUUUGGUCUUGAGGUUAACAUCUUUGAUGACAAUUGUACUGUUGUGGGUAAAGAUCUUAGUGACUUCUCCGAUUUUACCCUUGUCUCGUCCAGAUAUAACUUUGACCGUAUCUCCAAACUUGACAUGCAUCUUGUGCAGAGCUGGAAGACUGUUUGGUUUGCAUUUUUCAAAUACUUAUGCUCCUCACAUAGUUGCAUGUUUCUAAAUUUUUAAAACGUUUUACUCGUUUUACAAAAAAACAAGACUUUUUCAUUCACAAAAGAAACAUAUAGACAAGCUCCUGUUAACCAAAUUUCAGUUACCAUCAACAUCAGUGGAUUCCCUCCUAACCAAAUCUACAAAUCAUCCUAAAGCCCACCCAAAAA